AUGAUGGAUACCAAAAAAGGGACGAUCUUGAUGCAACGAUAUGAGAUAGGAAGGUUGCUUGGUCAGGGGACGUUUGCAAAAGUAUAUUAUGCAAGAAACCUGAAAACCAAUCAAAGCGUCGCCGUGAAGGUGAUAGACAAAGAGCAGGUUAUGAAAGUGGGAUUGAUUGACCAAAUUAAACGUGAGAUCGCAGUUAUGAGGCUAGUGAAACACCCAAAUGUGGUCCAACUUUACGAAGUAAUGGCUAGCAAAAGCAAGAUUUAUUUUGCCAUGGAAUAUGUUAGAGGUGGCGAGCUUUUCAAUAAGGUGUCCAAAGGGAGGCUGAAGGAGGAUGCCGCUAGGAAAUAUUUCCAACAACUGGUAGCUGCUGUGGACUUUUGCCAUAGCCGUGGUGUCUACCACCGUGACCUCAAGCCUGAGAACCUCCUCCUAGAUGAAUCUGGCAACCUGAAAGUCACGGAUUUUGGAUUAAGUGCAUUGUGUGAGUCAAGAAGACAGGAUGGUCUAUUGCAUACAACGUGUGGAACGCCGGCUUAUGUUGCCCCAGAGGUGAUUAACAAGAAAGGAUAUGAUGGCCAAAAGGCAGAUAUUUGGUCGUGUGGGGUGAUCUUGUUUGUUCUGCUUGCUGCUUAUCUCCCAUUCCAUGAUAACAAUCUAAUGGAAAUGUAUAAAAAGAUUAGCAAAGGGGAAUUCAAAUGUCCACAAUGGUUCGCUCCUGAGGUAAAAAAAUUACUUUCGAAAAUUCUUGAUCCAAAUCCAAGCACAAGGAUUACAUUGGCUAAACUCAUGGAAAACCCUUGGUUUCGAAAGGGAUUCAAGAAAAUUGAGGCCUCAAAAUCAUUCACCAAUGAAAGCCCAUCAAAAAGUUUUAUUGAUUACGAAAAUGCGAUAAGAUACAUGGAUACUCCAAAGGGAAGUUAUAAUAACCUUAAGGAACUCGACGAUCCAAAAGCAAUGUUAUCACAAUCACCAUCAUUUUCUUCCUUUUCACCUUCAUGUUCAAAAGAGGCUUUGAAGCCGACGUCUAUGAACGCGUUUGAUAUCAUAUCGCUAUCUCAAGGGUUCAAUCUUUCUGGUUUGUUUGAAGAGGGUGGUUCAGGUCAGAAAAAAGAGGCUCGUUUUACAACAAAAGAGCCUGCAUCAGCGAUUGUGUCAAAACUUGAACAAGUAGCUGAGACGGAGAGUUUUGGGGUUUCAAAAUCGGUAGAUGGGACAGUGAGGUUGCAAGGGAGUAAGGAAGGAAGGAAAGGGCAGUUAGCCAUAGAUGCUGAGAUAUUUGAGGUGGCGCCAUCGUUUCAUGUGGUGGAGAUGAAGAAAUUGUCCGGCGACACCUUGGAGUAUAAUAACUUCUGUAACCAAGAGUUGAAGCCUUCUUUGAAAGAUAUAGUUUGGACAUGGGAAGGUGAACAACAACGUGAUGAUCAACCCCAUAUACCUAAACCCAAUGAAUCAUAA